AUGGGCACCAUUGAAGCUGCACAAGAACCUUCAAGAAAGAAAAGAAAGUCUAAGAAGCCUGAUAAAGCGCCCGCCUGGGAGCGCGCUCGCUCUUUCACGCAAGACGAGGCGGAGAAGAAGGCCCUCCCAGUAAUUCAAAAGGAUGGCAGCGUGAAGCGUGCUCAAGCCCACCACCCGAAAUUCAAGGCGAAAACUCAAAAAAAGAGAAAGGCUCCGCAUCAGAGUGCUGCCAACGAGGAAGAGUCCACCUCAGAAGCCGUACCGUCGACGGGGGUCGCGGCUGGCGCUUCCAAGGCUCCGAAGCAGUCGCGCAAGAGGAAGAAACUGGAACCCUCUCUCGAGGAUUACGCGAAAAAGUUUGAAAACUUUGAGACCUUGAAGACGAAUAUUGCUUCCAUCGCAUCAACGAUUCUCGCAAAGCCUGAAGAAAAUGUCUCCUUGUUGAAAGAACUUCGCAAGCUCUUCCACGGACUCAAGGGGCAAUCAGCUGCCCUUGUGAUUCUUGCAGAGUCGCAGAUCUUUAAGGAUAUCAUCCCCGCCUACAAGAUACGACCCAUUACCGAUAAGGAGGCCCAAGUCAAGGUAUCAAAAGAAGUCGCCAAACUCAGGGCGUAUGAACAGGCACUACUCUCUGGAUACAAGCGCUUUGUGCAAUCUUGUGCCACUCUUUCUCGAUGGCGAAGUGGCGGUGCGAGGGAAACAGAGGCAACUCGAAAUAUGGGAAAAGUUAGACUGGCCGCUUGCAGAGCUCUUGCGCAACUUAUUCAAGCUCUUCCGCACUUUAACGAAGCAGACACUAUUGCAACGAGCGUUUGUAAUUUGGUGGCGGACAGGGAAGAGAGUGUCAGACGACAGAGCGCUGACGCUCUCAAAAUUGUGCUCGGAGAUGCCCACAGAGCUUCGGGACCAACAUUGAACAUAUGCGUUCUUAUCGCCAAGCAGUUGGCCUUGGUUGCCAUCACAAAAGUACAUAUCACACCUGCUGAAGUCGUAGAGCCGCUCGCUGAGAUCCAAUUUGCGCGCUUCGCCAAGCUUCCUACGUCAUCGAAAGCUAAGAAUGCCCCGAAGAAGUCGAAGCGUUUCAUAAAGAAGCGUCGGAGGAAGCCGGAGAAGGAAGAAACCGUCGUCGACGAAACAGAAAUUGAACGUGAUUUGAGAGAAGCAGACGCAGAGGCUACACCCGAAGAGGUGUACUCAGCGAAGAAAAAGCUCCUUGAUUUUGUAUGUCACUGUUACUUCAACGUCAUCAAAGCCGCAUCACAUAAUGCCGAGAAGCAAGAGGGUUCAAAACACGGUGGGACGAAGAGAAGGAAACCUCCUCUGGCCUUGACGCCUGCCCUGAAAGGCUUGCUAAGGGUCUCGAGCUUUAUCAAUACUGACAUCAUUGAAGCCAUCCUUGGGGCUCUUAGCCCCCUGCUUGAAACUGGACGACUACCUCUUAUGAUUCGCUUCAGGUGUCUUUCCGCAGCUUACGCAAUUCUUGGUAUGCACUCCCGAACAGUGCAAGCAGACCCCGACUCGUUCACAGGUGAUACUAGGGCUCUGGACACGUCAUUAUACACAUCGAUAGGCAAUUUGUACGGAACGGAUACGCCGGCCAAGGAUCAUGAAUAUAUUACGUUUGAUGCGAUGGAGGCAAUACUGUCCUGCAUCAAUUUCCGCGAAGUACCCAUGGUCCGAUGCACAGCGAUAGGGAGACGCUUAUCUGUUUUGGCGGCAUCAUCUGCUCCUACUCAUACCUGCACAAUUGGACUCUUGCGCGUUGCCCAGUUGAUGCUGCAACCGGCCCUUGUGUCUCCAUUGUACCCUCAGAAGGCAGACAAGGCCAAUGAAAAUGUCCUAGGCAUUGACUCUGGUUUAGUCCAAGACUUCGAUAUGGAUACUGAUGACCCAGAAAUCGUUAGUGCAGAAAGAAGUGUAUCUUGGGAAUUAUCAUGCCUGAUGGCCCACUUUCACCCAGCUGUCCGUGGAAUUGCAGAGGUCACUGCAAGUGGAUUCUGCGGUUCCAGGCUGCCCAAGACAUCAGAAAACAUUAUUUUGGCUGUGAAAGGAUACCAGAGCUCCAAGGGGGGUUUCAAUCCCCCACCGCGAGAAAAGCCACUCAAGGCCAAAAAGCCCAAGAGGCGACAAACGCCCCCGAAGCAAGACGCCGUUUUGCAAUCUGUAUUUUCAUCGGAAGCUGAGAUCAGAGAUUUCGUAGACGGAGACAGCGAAACCCCAGCAGCGUGCUUUGAAUCUGCCUGGGUAGCGACUUGA